CCGGCAUAAGAAGCCGGGGGUCUGGAAGGCCAGGCAGGUUUAGACCAUGGCGCUCCUGGUGUUCUGCUCCCGCGUCACGUCGCCGCCGCCGCCGCCGCUGCUGCUGCUGUUGUCCUUGCUACUGCUCGCCGGGGCCCCGCUGGCCGCUGCCGCCCGGCGCCCGGCUCUGUGGCCCUUGCCAGUGUCUGUGCUGCAGACCCCGAACCUGCUGCAUCUCUCCCCCAGAAACUUCGAGAUCUCUCUUGACUUCGGCUCUUUCGCAGGCCCCGAUUGCUUUCUCCUACAGGACGCGUUCCGCCGCUACCAUCGUUACAUUUUCGGCUAUUCCAAGAAUUUAGAUGUUUCCCUCAAGUCUUCUUUUAAUGGGAAGGAGAUACAACAACUUCUUGUCACGAUUACCUCUGACUCAGAGUGUAAUGCUUACCCUAACACCACCUCCGAUGAGUCUUAUAAAUUGGUUGUUCAGGAGUCUGUAGCAAUGCUAGAAGCCAGGAAGGUUUGGGGUGCUUUACGAGGUCUAGAGACUUUCAGCCAGCUAGUGUAUAAAGAUUCUUAUGGUGCUUAUGUGAUCAAUGAGACAGAAGUGAUUGACUAUCCAAGGUUUCCUUUUAGAGGAAUUUUAAUUGACACAGCCAGACACUAUCUACCACUGAAGACUAUUCUGACGACUCUGGAUGCCAUGGCAUUUAAUAAGUUUAAUGUUCUGCACUGGCAUUUAGUGGAUGACAAUUCCUUCCCAUAUCAGAGUAUGGCUUUCCCAGAGUUAAGCAACAAGGGAGCCUAUUCUUAUGCCCAUGUUUAUACCAAUAAUGAUAUCAGACUUGUGCUUGAAUAUGCUCGAUUACGAGGAAUCAGAGUUAUCCCAGAGUUUGAUUCUCCAGGCCAUACGAAGUCUUGGGGAAAAGGUCAGAAAGACCUUUUGACACCUUGUUAUGAUGAAUCAGAUUCUUUCGGACCUGUGAAUCCAAUUUUAAAUACAACCUAUGAUUUCCUAUCCACAUUUUUCAAAGAAAUUAGCGAAGUAUUUCCAGAUAGCUACAUCCAUUUGGGAGGAGAUGAAGUAGACUUCUCUUGUUGGCACUCAAACCCAGAUGUGACAGAAUUCAUGCAGCAACAAGGCUUUGGUCAAUCAUAUGAGAAACUUGAAUCUUAUUAUAUUCAGAAACUCAUAGAUAUUGUUUCAUCUACAAACAAAAGAAACCUGGUCUGGCAAGAAGUUUUUGACAAUGGAGUAAAGCUUAAUACGAAAGACACUAUUGUGGAAGUGUGGAAAGGUCCCAAUUUUGAAAAAGAACUGUCCGAAGUUACAGAUGCUGGGUUUACUACAGUCCUUUUAUCCCCUUGGUACCUGGACUAUAUUAGCUAUGGAGAAGACUGGAGGAAAUACUAUAAGGUGGAGCCUCUGGAUUUUAGCGGGACUUCAGCCCAGAAAGAACUCGUAAUUGGUGGAACAGCUGCCCUGUGGGGGGAAUACAUAGAUGCAACCAAUCUCAUGCCCAGAUUAUGGCCUCGAGCAAGUGCUGUAGGUGAGCGGCUUUGGAGCAGCAAAAAUGUCAGAGAUGAGGACGAUGCUUAUGACAGACUGACUCAACAUCGCUGCCGUAUGGUCAGACGUGGAAUACCAGCAGAACCUCUUUAUGUCGGAUAUUGUGAACUGUGAAGUGCCUAAAAGGAACAUGAUAGAAAGCAAACCUUUAUAGCCAAUGUUUGCACUUUGAUCAACUUAAUUUUACAAUAUGUAAAUUAAAAUUUGAACUAUGAAUUUUUACAAAUAAAAUCUUUGGUAAAAUA